AUGUCCUUCCUUAAACAGCUAUGCGCAGGUCUCGCCUUCGCAGUACCGUUGGCCCUGGCCCAAAAAGACAACCUUGGACUCGACAAUGGCUACAUCGACAUCGAGACCAACAACUUCAAGGCCCGCAUCGUUCGCGACGCACAAGUCCUGGUAUCAUUGAUCCCAGGAGACGAUACUUUUGACUUUUUACCAUUUGAUCGAAUUGAUGUUCGCGCCCAGAAUGGGCAGUACCACUGGGGUGACAUCACGUACAGAUAUCGCAAACAAGGCGUCUCAGCAUGGACGAGUGGUGAUUCUGCUCAAGAGCGGCAGCCUGUGAAGAACAUCAGCUCGGGAAACGCUCUUGCGACCUCAGAUCUUGGCCCGACACUGCCCGAUAGCCCUCUCAACAUCACUCGGGAAUGGCUCGAUUUCGAAGGUGACCUGGGUCUGCGCUUCACCAUCACUAAUGAUGGGAAUGACACUGUUGAGCUUGGCAGCCUGGGGUUCCCAGCUGAGGUCAACAGUAUCUUCACCAACAGGACAGCCAAGGAGAUGCAAGCCCACUGCUCUCUCGCAGAUCCCUAUAUCGGCCUGGAUGCCGGCCACAUCCGUGUCGCGCCAGUCAAAGGCACUGGCAAUGGUCUUGUCGUCACGCCGUUGAACGGAACCGAGACACCACUAGAGGCUUAUCGGGAUCUAAAAGAACCUUGGUUCGAGUCAACUGGUUAUGCAAGCCAGACCUUCGAAGGGUUCUAUGAGUGGCAGGUCCUCACUAAGGCGUGGGCAGAGAAUGAAUGGAAGAACCAGGAGCCUUGGAACGAACCGACUUCCAAGAUGUUGAAGCCUGGCGAGUCGUUCAAGGUUGGUGUCCGGUUCUCCAUAUCCGAAUCUAUUCGCGACUUUGACGAUACGGUCAAGAAUACUGGAACUCCUGUUGUAGUUGGUGUUCCUGGAUACAUUAUUCCGCGCGACCUGCCUGCCUUACUCUUUCCUCUGAGCAAUAGUCGAGUUGCUUCGAUUGAUGUCUCACCGCAAGGAGCACUUGCAAUCGAGGGAGCUGGGAGGGAUUCCAGAGAGGGGUACGAGCUUAAAUCCUCAUCAUCUGCUUGGGGACGAGUUCGUGUUAGCAUCAAGUACAAUGAUGGCAAGGUGCAGACUGUCCACUAUUUCAUUACCAAGCCAACAUCAGAGACCCUCAAUGACCUUGGAAGCUUCCUGACUACCAAAGCUUGGUUCAAUGUUUCAUCGGAUCCUUUCAAGAGAUUUCCAUCGGUCAUGACCUACGACUACGAGAAGCGCGCAAUCGUCCAGCAGGAUCCACGGGUCUGGAUUGCAGGCCUCAGUGAUGAAGGGGGCACCGGUGCUUAUGUCGCAGCCAUGCUCAAGCAGGUGGUUCAGCCAAACGCUGAAGAGAUAGCCAAGUUGGACAAGUUCGUUCAAACCACGAUUUGGGGUGGACUUCAAGGGACAGACUACGGAGUGCGCAAAUCACUUUUCUACUACGACCCUAAACUGGACUACCCUUAUGAUAAGGAUAGCGACUGGACUUCCUGGACGUCUUGGAACAAGGAAGCUUCGGAGAGUGUCGAUCGUGCAUACAACUAUGUUCAUGUCGUGGUGGCGUAUUGGUCCAUGUAUCGUGUCGCACGAGCAUAUCCCGAGCUAACAACCAAACGUUGGAGCUGGUACUUGGACCAGGCUCAAAAGACCAUUAUGCGUAUGUACCAGAAAGACGUGUCAUAUAGAGACGUUGGCCUGAUGGGCGAGACUGUGUUUGGGGAGGUUCUGAAGGACCUAAGGCGUGAGGUUAAGGGCACUCCAGCACAUGCUCUCGAGGAAGCAAUGAAGGAGCGUGCUGUGCUCUGGGAUGCGCAAGAUAUCCCUUAUGGAAGCGAGAUGGCUUGGGACUCCACGGGUCAAGAGGGCGUAUACUACUGGACAAGACACUUCGGCUUCAACGAUUCGGCUCAAAAGACAAUCGAUAGUGUAUUGGGGUAUACCCCAAACGUACCUCACUGGGGCUGGAACGGCAAUGCCCGUCGAUAUUGGGACUUCAUUUAUGGAGGAAAGCUCCAGCGCAUCGAGCGACAGAUCCAUCACUACGGCUCUGGUCUGAACUCCCAGGUCCUGCUCUCAGCAUUUCGUAAUGACUCCUCGGACUCCUAUCUCCUCCGGGUUGGGUAUGCUGGAUCAUCUGCCCCGCUCACCAACAUCAAUCAAGAUGGCUUCCCUAGUGCCGCGUUCCACUCUCGACCGGAUACUCUCAAGUGGGAUGGUAUCACCGGUGAUUAUGGCGGUGGCCUCAUUGGUACGGUGCUGAACUCUGGCACCUAUGUCGCUGAGGACAAGCAACUUGGUAUGGUUGCCUUCGGAGCUACAAUCUCCAAGACUAGAGCACAGUAUUCUGUUAUACCGAAGGAUGCUGUAAGAAAGAGGAUCUUCAUCGGGCCUUUCAACGUCAUGAUUACUGUUGAUAUGGGAUCUAUUAGCAACUUCACAUUCACCCAGGGAGAAAGUACUGUUCACGUGGAGCUGGCACAGCGGGAGGGUUCACCCAGGGUCGCCAAAACAGCGGUAUGGAUUGAAGCAACGGAUGGCGAGGAGUGGGAACUCUCCAAAGUCUGGAAUUCCACCGGGACUGUUGCCAUUGAGAAGGGGCGAGGAGGAUGGAUCGUACCUCUCGAUGUCACCCUAUCCAUUGGCAAGAGACGUACGCUCCCGUGA